UUUUUAUUGUUUUUAUAACAAGUAAUAUUAUGAAAUGUUUAUUAAAAUUAUUUUGACACCAAGUAUGUUUAUCGAACCAAAAGCAAGGUACGAUUCUACUUCGAUAAAAAUUUAAAUCCAUGUGUAAAUUGCGUUUAAAUAUUCUCAGUUCGUCGCGCCUCUCAUAAUGCGCGGAAGUGUUAUUAUAUACAGCUGCCCAUAUAAAAAUCGUUGGAAUUACGCAAGGUGAAAACGUUUGCCUUUGCAUAGGGGAAUUAUUAAACGCGAAUUUAACUCGGCUGUUUUGUUUUUUUUUUUGCGCGUUGCGACGAUAAAGAAAGAGAAAAAAAAAAAAGAUACUCGAUGCUAAAUCACACGUCAUGUCGUUCUUCAUAUAUAUCUUUAAAUCCACUUUCGAAAAUUUUGCCGAACUUGUUGCGGUAGUACACAACACACAGCGUGAAACUUGCAAUCACACACGCGUCGUUAAAAUUUACAACAAUGUUUUUCAAGACAUAAUUUUAUAUUUUCGUUUUUAAUACAUAAGCAUUUAUUGCGUCUAUGUAAUUUAAAAAAAAAAAAAAAACAUACCUACUCGUUUUCGCACAUGGAUGACUUGAUGAAAGGUGUGCGUGUAUUAAUUACGCACCGUUAGCGCGUUUAUUACAGCGCGAUAUAUGAGUUUACCGUAUAUAUCGUCGCAUUAUUAUUUCGAUAUAACGCCGUUUAUAUCGAGAAAUAAUAACCGCGUGUGUGAUCGAGCGUGUGAAACUUUAAUAUAAUACUCCGUCCGACGCUUCGGCGUCCCAGGCACAAAACUUUCUUCUUCCUCGUCGACGCGGAUAUUUAACAGUCCAUAAAUCGAGAGCGAAAUUUUCGUCGUCGUAUCACGUAUCCUGCUAUUUCGAACGCGGCUUGUGUUUUAAUGAAGAAAUACGAUGGCCCACCCCUGUCGUACCUAUAUAAAUACGUCUGUUCUUUACUCGACUGAACGUCAGUCUUGAAUGUCUUGUUCGCGAUACGUUUAUCGAUCUAUAAAGACACAAAUUGGGCACAAACAAUGGCUGUCAAUAAGUCAACAAUCGUCUUAGCUGCGUUAAUGCUCGCGACGUACGAGGGUGCGGCUGUUCCAUUGUUGGCUUUACCAUCUCUACCAGCUAUUCCACCUGCUCCGGCUAUUCCAGCUAUCCCAGCUAUUCCAGCUGUUCCAUCUAUUCCGGCAGUCCCAGGAGUUCCCGCUGUUCCAGCUGUCCCAGUUGUGCGAACUCUUCCAAUUAACAAGCUCGACACGAGUUACGAUCCCCAUCCUCAGUACACUUACGCCUACGACGUUCAAGAUACGCUGACGGGCGACGCUAAGAGCCAGUACGAGAGCAGAAACGGCGAUGUUGUCAGCGGUAGUUACAGCCUUAUCGAGGCCGACGGUACCAGACGAAUCGUCGAAUACACCGCCGAUCCGGUUAACGGGUUCAACGCCGUCGUGCGACGAGAACCCUUGGCGGUGGUCAAACCUGUUAUCAAGGUCGCCCCGCCACCGCUCAUUUAACAACCUUGAACACUCUAGUUUUUAAAUGAUAUUUUUUUGAAGAAACAACUAGUCAUAUUUUUGUACAUACAUAUAUCGUGUCACAAUACUUGUUGUGGAAAUGAAUGUUGUCAGCGUGCUGUCUUUUAUUAAAGAUUGAUUUUUACACAUUGUCAUAAUA